AUGAAACGCGAUCUUUCCUUCAUCUUCCUUGAAUCUUCAACGUUGAGCUCUGAUGGUUCAAUUACUCAAAUACGAGUACCAUAUGUAGAGAUAAGGAUAUUUUUUCAAAAUAAUUUUGUGUGCAGACAUCGCGUGACGGAAACCGUGGGCCGUGCCUGGCUCUGCCGGUGUCUCGGCGCGCCCGCCGUCGCCGCUGUCAUGUCUCUGGUCACGCCAGCUCACCACCGCCGUCGCUGCGAUGCGGAAGACAGCUAUCCAGCAGCAAUCGCGGUAUUGUUCAUUCUUUCUGUUGCUCAGGUGUUCUCGCAGCACAAUCAGCAGUAA